GUGGGCUCGUAUUUCGUUUACAACAAAUGACAGCGCCGGGUGCGUAGUGGUUCAUUAUCUAUGCAUACAUAUACACAUGCAAGGACGUCUGCAAUCUGGACAUGGGUACGAUGUUUCAAUAUGAAGGUGAUGCACAGUUCAUUUUAUCCCAGAUGUCUGACACAUGCUGCCGGUGUUUAGAUGUAUAUUUGUAACAACGCUCUGAAAAGUAUAUCCGCCAAAGUGAAAAUGAGAACAGUACUCUGUUACCUGUUGGUGUUGGGGUUUAUGAAAGAUGCUUCAGCCAUGCCUAAGGGACGACGAUUCGUUGUAGCGUUCUUUGAACAAUUAUACCAAGCUGCAAGCCUUCCAAACAUGUUCUUUGUGAUUCUAUCUGAGUUCAAUGCCACUGUUCACGUUGAGAGUGGAUUCGGUAUUUCAGAAGAUUUACACAUCCAAGGCAUGGUAGACUACAAGUACAAAGUUGAUGAAAGUUUUUAUUACCAAGCCAACCUACAGGUGACUGACAUGGCAUUCCACUUUUCAUCCACUGAGGAAAUAACCUUGUUCUGUUAUCACGUACUUGUCAAUCGUGGAGACGGAUACCUUGCCUUGCCGGUUGAGACUUUAUCCACGGAAUACAUUGUAGUGACACACAUUGAUAAUCACACAUCUUCAACUGCUGAGGCUGAACUACCCUACACAAAGAAAACACAGACUGCUUUCCUCAUCAUCGCUACGGAGACCAAUACCCAGGUGGACAUCAGUCUAAAGAUACGAGGACCCCUUAUGGCAGGUGGAUGUGGCAAUGGGACAUUCUUCAAUGGGCAGAGCAGAACAUUUACACUCAACAAGUAUCAGACAGUUGGCGCCUACUGUGCCGAGGACAUUACUGGAACACUGAUUAGCAGUGACAAACCCGUGGCUGUGAUUAGUGGGCAUAACAUGAAGUAUACUACAAGCAUUAAAGACGGCAUGCAAGAAAUGUUACUGCCUGUGAAGUCAUUUGGGAGAAGUUUUUACUUGCCAGAACCGCCAUCUAUUACUGGUGGGGCAAUAUACAGAGUCGUUGGAUCAACAGCGUCAACCUCUGUACGCUCCCCGUACGUCAGUGGUAUAUCUUUCUCCCUUGGUGCGCGGGAGUCUCAUGACAUAACUGUUGACUCUACCACAGGUCCAGUUUACAUUGAAGCCGAUAAACCUGUCAUGGUUGUUCAAAUAGUUAUAAAAACACCAUCACUGGCAAUAGUUCCACCAACAAGUUUAUACUCCAGCUCUUAUGACAUUGGAAAACCUGUUCUUCAUGCGUCAUUUGACCUGAAGAAGGUGCUCAUAACAGUCAUUGUUCCCACUGACAAGGUUCUCGGAAUACGACCACAAAUAUUUCCACAAUUCAAAGUUAUUAAAGGCAGCUGUUUCUCAGAGGCAUCAGUGGAGUUGACAUCACCAGGAUUUUACCGCCUGACCCACGAAGAUGAUGUUCCAUUUGGAGCCAUGAUGUACGUGUUUCCGUAUGUGGACAGUCAGUCUGUGUUUACGCAUCCGGCCGGACUGAAUCUGACAAAUGAUGUCGAUAAAACAGCAUGUCCUGCAUCAACAGUGUGUUCAGACGGGACUCCGUAUCCAUGCUCGUGUUCAUCAGGAUACUUUGAAUACCAGUGUAAUGACACUUCAGGCGGCUGCGCCGUGGACCCGUGCAUGUACUCCAGUGCCUGUACUAACCUGACAAAUCUCUACCAAUGUGACUGUGUCACUGGAUCGGGAGGAGCGAAUUGCGAGUUUGAUAUCACUGAUAAUUGUGUCAACAACACCUGUGUAAAUGGCAUCUGUACCGAUGAGCUGGUCUCGUAUACAUGUGACUGUACUGAUACUGGAUACUCCGGAACACUAUGUGAGACAGAGAUCAACGAGUGUGCAACAAACCCAUGUGUGAACGGUACAUGUUUCGACCACGUCAACAACUACACCUGUGCCUGUGAACCUGGGUAUACAGACAAGAACUGCAGCACAGAAAUCAACGAAUGUGACAGUACACCGUGUAUGAACGGAGGCACAUGCGCCGAUCUUCUCAAUGCCUUUGAAUGUACAUGUGCAGGUGGAUUCAAUGGAACAAUGUGUGAAAUUGACAUCGACGAGUGUGUGUCAAAUCCAUGUAGCAGUGGCGGUACAUGCAAUGACUUAGCCAACUCCUACAACUGUUCCUGUGUCCCUGGGUACGAAGGUACUCACUGUGAAUCAGAUAUUGAUGAAUGCUUGAGCAACCCAUGUGUGAACGGCAGCUGUGCAGACUUACUGAAUGCCUACAACUGCACCUGUGAUCCCGGCUACGAAGGGCAGAACUGCAGUAUUGAAAUCAACGAAUGUAAUAGUAUGCCUUGCCAGAAUGGAGCUGGGUGUGUUGACUUACUGGAUGCCUUUGAAUGUACAUGCAGUAGUGGAUUCAAUGGGACACUGUGUGAACACGAUAUAGACGAAUGUCUGUCAAACCCCUGUGUCAAUGGCGGCACAUGCAACGAUUCAGUAAACUCCUACAACUGUUCAUGUACACCUGGGUAUGGUGGUACUCAUUGUGAAGCAGAAAUUGACGAAUGUUUGAGCAAUCCAUGUGUGAACGGCAGCUGCAACGACUUCUUCAACGCCUACAACUGUACCUGUAUACCGGGCUAUGAGGGACAGAAUUGUGACAUUGAUAUCGACGAAUGCAGCAGUAACCCCUGUGUGAACGGCAGUUGUGUGAACCAAUACAACGCCUUCAACUGUAACUGUGAUGCUGGCUUCACUGGGUCACUUUGUGCCGUGGACAUCGACGACUGCACUGGGAGCCCAUGUCAGAAUAAUGGCACUUGUCUUGACGCUGUUAACUCCUACACCUGCACGUGUAUAGAUGGAUACGCUGGGACUGAUUGCCUCACCGAUAUAGAUGAAUGUGCUGGCACAUCGUGUAACCAUGGCGUGUGUGUUGAUGGUAUAAACAUGUACACAUGCCAGUGUAAUGCUGGAUAUGAGGGAAGCAAUUGCAGUACAGACAUUGACGACUGUGCCACCAACCCAUGCCUCAACGACGGGAAUUGCACAGACGCAGUAAAUGGCUACACAUGUACUUGUCCUGAUGGCAUCAACGGAACGAACUGUGAAAUAGGAGGGGACCCCUGUGCAGCGAAUCCCUGCCAGUACAACGGGACCUGCACUCAGGCAGCUUCUGGUUACAACUGCUCCUGUCAGGCUGGUAUUACGGGGGUCAACUGUGAGACAGACAUCGAUGAAUGUGCCUCAAGUCCAUGCACAAAUGACGGCACCUGCAGUGAUCAGAUCAACGCAUUUGAAUGCCUCUGUCCUUCCAACUUCGGAGGCUUGCUCUGCGAGUUGAUACUUGAAUGCGGAUGUCCUUGCUAUCUCAAUAGUAACUUGUCAGACCAGGAUUUAGCGGUGAAAAUUGCAUGGCUAAAGUCAUGGCUACUCCUUGACAAGUCCAAACUGUCCAGCACAAUACGGAAAAAGAUAAGCGUACCGGAUGAAAGGCCCUCUUCAACUGGGAUCGGCUUCAGUGGAAUAACGUGUCUCAUUGCAGCGUUUGGAUUUUUCCUUUUUAUGGAUGGUCUCAGAAUCGUUCAAUUUCUUACUGCGAAAAAGGUUGCGGCAAAAGAUCUUGAAAGCAAGAAAAAUACAAAAUCAGAAUAAGAAUGGAACAAAUACUCGUAGUGCGUGACGCCGUUUUGAACAGUAUUACAGUUAUAUCACGACGUGUCUGCAUAAUGUGAGAAGGAAAUCCAGAAGUGAUGCAGGUCCCAGACCUUUAUAAUUACCACUUUGGUGAAACACACGAGCACGUGUAUGUGUGAUGACCUAGAAACAUUAUGGUGAAAAUCGGGAUUUGGACCCACGAUCAUAGAUUACUGGCGUAUCCAAAGAACGCAACCCUGCAAAGAGAAUUGCGGAGCCUCAGACGACUAAGCCACCAGUGGACCCUGGAACAAGGAUAAAAGAUAAAAUGAUAUGUUAUUAUGCCGUAGGUUGACAGAUAAACCGACAUAUAUCAAGUAAUAUGCCUUACUUUGAAGGAAUCAAUUCCAUUGGGCUUUGUUGAUAUGGAUUACGAAGAAACGGUUACAUUUGAUUUUUGUUGUAUCCAUUCUUCAAUAAUUGACAUGACACGUAUGUAAUUUGAGAGUACCAUAUCAGUGACAUGUAUCUUUUCAUUUAAAAUUACCAUAUGCAUAUCUGUGGUGGCACGUGGUCCUGUGUACCUCUCAGGUCACAAAUCAGGUGAAGUUAACUCCUGGGAGUUCCAGGGCUUCGGUCCUGUGACUUUGUUCGAAAUAUGCCCCUGUUCACCUAGAAGUUAAUGGGUACUCUAUAGGAUAAGAUGACAAUAUGACUGUCAACCCUUAGCGCCUCACGGGCAAUUUGCGUUGUAUACUCCCCAACGAGUUAAUGAUUAUAUUGUAGUAUUCAUUAUUAUCUGUGUCCUAUUUGCCUCUGAUUUAGAUCCAAUCUUCAAUAAUUGUUUUGUCUGGCACACCGUACCCUAGAAUAAUACAUCUUAUACAAAUAUUGCUCCUUGCGGAUACUAUCUGAUAUCAUAUCGUUCAACUACACUUGUCAUAAGAGGCGACUAACGGGACCGGGUGGUCAGGCUCGCUGACUUGUUUGAGGCAUGUCAUCGUAUCCACAUUGCGUGGGUCGAUGCUCAUGAUCAAUCAGACUCGAUUAUUUACAGACCGCCGUCAUACAGCUGGAGUAUUGCUGAGUGCGGCGUUAAAAAACAAACAAACAAAAUCAUAUUGUUCAAUAACCAUCAAAGAGACAAUUUCCGUCCAGUGAAUGUUUUCCACCUGCUCCUCAAGUUACAUAUCACGAGACUAGUCGCUCUCGUUAGAUUGGUUGUAAACUGCGAAGCAAAGCCGAUAUAAAUUUAAACAUUAAUUGUUUUGGCAACCUAUGCAUAUGUGACUCUGUGUCGACCUUGUUUACGUUUGUCUUAGUUGUUCAGACAUACACAUAUCUGUGAAAAGACUUCUGAUGAUGGGGCAUUGAUACACUGCCGGGCAAAAGAAAGUACACACCCAUGUUUGACUACAAUGAACCAAACAAGAAAUGGUUAUUCAAUGAUGAUGUAUUUGGUGGGGGAAUCAUAGUUCUGUUUAGGAGUGCAGUGUUUCGGUGACUGUUUUCAUCCUUGUAACGUUUUGAUACGCGAGGACGUUUUUGGUCGAAUCCAAAUUUCAAGUGUAUGCUUUCUUUUCCUCAAUAGAUUAUGUUGCCACGGCAUUUGUCUUGUACUAAUUUCUGUACAUCACCAGGGGCAGUCGGGUAGCCUAGUGGUUAAAGCGUUCGCUCGUCACGUCGAAGACCCGGGUUCGAUUCCCCACAUGGGUACAAUGUGUGAAGCCCAUUUCUGGUGUCCCCCGCCGCGAUAUUGCUGGAAUUUUGCUGAAAGCGGCGUAAAACUAUGCCCACUCACUGUACAUCACCAACUUUUGUAAAUAGUAAUUUACAUGUAUCCCCACAAUUAACAAUGGUAAUUUAAUCUAGUACUACACUUUAUAUACUAAUUUUAUAUGCUAUGAUUUCCCGAAAUAUGUGUACAAAUGGGGGCAACCAGCGUCAAUUUUAAUUGCAAAAUACCAAAUCCGUACGUUCAUAUAGUAUCUGAUGAAAGAAAUACAUACAAUGCAUACUACUCAAAAGAUACUUCAUAUUUUGUAAAAAGUGAUCAUGCAUAUUUGUUAUUUUUUUGCCGUACUUGUUUGUAUAUAGCCUUCACUAAAGACAAAAGUGACUGAAACUUGCCAUAUCAAAUAUUGUAAGUAGUAUAUGCAAUUAUAUGUACAUACACAAUUCAUUGAGCAUUUGCUUGAAUAUCAGACUCUUGUCAGAAGCAAUAAUUGCACGCUAUCUUUCAGUAAUACGUGUCACACUGGAUCAAACAGUAAUAAACUUUAUAAACCAAAACACCACUUGUAAGUGUACGCUGAUUCUAAGUUAUUGUACUGCUGUUACAUUAUCUGCUUCAGAUGUGAUGUACUUUAUUAUCUUUCGAGACAAGACGUAUAUGUUUUGCAGGCAUUUACUAUCAACAUUGUCAUCAACAACUCCUUUUCAAUAGAUCCUCAUUGUCUCAGGGGAAUUGUACACUGGACAAAAGUUUUCAGAAAUGUUUUUUUCAUCUACGAGUAUGUUACCUGUCGAUGUGUUUUAUUGUGUAGUUAGAUACACAUUUACCCCAUAACAGAGAGCUUUGUUUUAAUAAUGCCAUGACAGUACCUUGUAUCACUUAAUUGAAGAGGCCUUGCCUAAACGAGGCUAUCACUCAUUACCUCACUGUUAUAUGUUUAUAUACUCUGCAUUGCUAUAUGUUGCCACAGAGGUUAUUCUUUUUUGAGAAUACGCUUCUACAAAAGCACUGAUGAAUAGAACCCUUCAUUAUCCAUUUCCUCCUCAAUUGUGCAAAAAAAAAAAUAUCAGUGAUUCAUAAAAAUAUUUCUUGCUGAUAAUAAAUAUGCCGAUCACAUCCGAAGUAGUAGCCAUAAUUGGCGAAUUCAGAUGGAAAGCAUGUUUAGAAAUUUAAGGAAAUCGAUUCUGAAUAAGAUCUGUGCACGACAUGACAUGAAUGUAAUUUGAGAGUACCAUAUCAGUUACAUGUAUCUUUUCAUUUAAAAUUACCAUAUGCAUAUCUGUGAUGGCACGUGGUCCUGUGUACCUCACCUGGGAGUUCUAGGGCUUCGGUCCUGCCCAACCCUGAAGCACAUGAAGCACAUGUUGCAGGUGACUUUGUUCGAAAUGUGCCCCUGUUCACCCAGAAGUAAAUGGGUAACCAGUAUGAUGAGAUGAUAAAGUGACUGUUUACCCUCAGCGCCUCUCAGGCAACUUGGGUGGUAUACUCCCCAGGGAGUUGAUAAUUAUAUGGUUGUUAUUUAUUAUUAUCGGUAUCCUUUUUGCCUCUGUCUUCAUGUACAUUUUCUAUUUUCCGUUCGAAAGUAGAACACAAUUAUAUUUUCAUUAAAGCAAUAUAUAUAUUUGGCAGC